CGGCUCGUCAGUCUUUUCGGGGAACUCGGUCAGAUAGCUUGCGGAUAUCGUUUCAACACUGCGUGUGUAGCUUGUGCUGUUUUGGUGCACUUUGACGUGGAUAAAAUUAGCAGUUUCCAGUCCUAUUUGCAUUGUGAUUUACUUUUUUUGUGUGCUAUUUGUGUUCAUUAGCUUUUUACAUUCCGAAUUGAGAUAAAUUCCUAAAUUUCAACUGUGUUCGCCUUGUUUGUUGAUUAGCACUUUAUUUCCGUGUGUGAAUUUCGAGGUUUAGUAAUCAGUGCAGUAGAUAACGAAUCCAGUUAACAAGAUGACGAGCAAAGUAUCCAACAGCGGCUAUCGCACCAGCGAAUCGGAUAGCUCGGACAACACUUUCGGUACGCUGGAAGGAGAGGAAGCGUUGGCCAUCAUCAGACGGAAUCUGAAAUCCAGUGCCAUGGAUAGCGAGGGAACGCACUUCGAUUGUAACUGCCCGCAUGUUUUCGUGGUGUUUGGCGCUUCCGGAGAUUUGGCCAAAAAGAAGAUCUAUCCCACACUUUGGUGGCUAUACCGUGACAACCUGCUACCCAGCAUAACCAAGUUCAUGGGCUACGCGCGUAGUAAACUCUCGGUGAACGAGCUCCGGGAAAGAUGCCACCAGUACAUGAAGGUUGAACCAGACCAGCAGGAGAAGUACGAACAAUUUUGGGCGCUAAAUUUCUACUGCCCCGGAAGCUAUGACGGACGGCGGGACUUUGAGUUGCUGAACCAGGAAAUCAGCAAGUUCGAAACGGGUAAAAUGGCCAACCGGCUGUUCUACCUAGCGCUGCCACCAUCGGUGUUCGAAACGGUAACCGUGCACAUCCGCAACACCUGUAUGGGCCAGAAGGGAUGGAACCGGAUCAUCGUGGAGAAACCGUUCGGUCGCGAUGCGGACAGUUCGAAUGCUCUGAGCGCCCACUUGGCCAGGCUGUUCAACGAAGACCAGUUGUAUCGUAUUGAUCACUACCUGGGGAAGGAGAUGGUGCAAAAUUUGAUGACCAUUCGAUUCAGCAAUCAAAUUUUUAGCCCAACCUGGAACCGCAACAAUGUGGCAUCGGUGCUGAUUUCGUUCAAGGAACCAUUCGGAACGCAAGGUCGCGGAGGAUACUUCGAUGACUUCGGCAUUAUCCGUGACGUUAUGCAGAACCAUCUGCUGCAGAUUCUCUCGUUGGUGGCCAUGGAGAAACCAGCCACGUGCCAUCCGGAUGAUAUUCGUAACGAGAAGGUGAAGGUUCUUAAAAGCAUACAGCAAUUGACAAUCGAUGAUGUGGUUUUGGGACAAUACACGGCUAAUCCGAACGGAACGGAUGACGACGCCCGAAUGGGAUACUUGGACGACCCGACGGUACCGAAUGACUCGGUAACACCGACGUUUGCUCUAGCCGUUCUCAGCAUCAACAAUGAGCGGUGGGAAGGCGUGCCGUUCAUCCUUAGGUGUGGCAAAGCUCUGAACGAGAGGAAAGCUGAGGUUCGUGUUCAGUAUCGGGAUGUUCCCGGAGACAUCUUCGAUGGGAAACCUAAGCGCAAUGAGUUGGUGAUCCGGGUGCAGCCAGGCGAAGCAUUGUACGUCAAGAUGAUGACCAAGUCGCCGGGCAUUACAUUCGACAUGGAGGAAACCGAACUGGAUCUAACCUAUGGAAACCGGUACAAGGAUGUGAAACUGCCGGACGCCUACGAGCGGCUGAUCCUGGACGUGUUUUGCGGCUCACAGAUGCACUUCGUGCGAUCGGAUGAACUAAGCGAGGCUUGGCGAAUUUUUACUCCACUGUUGCACUACAUCGAGAAGGAACGGCCGGCGCCGAUUAAGUACGAGCACGGUUCUCGCGGGCCGAAGGAUGCGGAUAAGAAGUGCGACGAGAGUAACUUCAAGUACUACGGAUCGUACAAAUGGCACAAGAGGAACUGAAGCACCAUUCUGGGUUAUGGAUCAAUUUCAUAUUCUGUUAAAUAUUUUGUUAAAUGUUUUAAUCAUCGAAUACUUUUUUCUCUCUUUUGGACUUUUCAUGUAUUUAUUUAAUUCAUUCGAUUUCAUACUAGUUAGAGGUACAGUCAAAAUGAAGGAGAUUGGCGAUUCAUCGUAAUAUUUAAUAAGUUUACUUUAGUACUUGUACUGACCGAAGAAGCGAAAGUUAAUUUUGGAUAUAUAUUUUAUACAAAAAAUGACCUAAAUUCUGAAUAAAAACAUUCCCUGGCUAAUGUUUUAAAA